GUUUAUAUUCUCUGCCAUCAAAAUAGAAGUCAUAAGAAGAGAAGAGGUAGAUUCCAUCUAUUGACCCUCAAUUCGCAGCAGAUUUAUAGAGAUUGAACUACUGAAUUACUCUCGUAUCUGCUGAAUCCUACGUCUCUGUUCUUGCUUUUCAGUUCAGCUAGCAAAUGACGGAAUUGGGAUUGUCAAUUGGAUUCUAAAGUUGCUGCUUGUUUUUCCUAAGGAUUGAAAUUGGAAAUGAGGGCUGUGCUUAUAUAAAUAGUUAUGGCUGGUGUUAGGUGCUUGCUUUUGAAUUUCGUGGAAGCUUCAUUUGUAGCCGGAACUUUGUGAAGUUUUGUUUUCCGCUAUUGGAAUGCUUGUUCAAGGAAUGCUCCUGUUACUACCCUUUGGUUUCAUUCAGUUCUAGUUAAAUUAUUGUCCAAGCGUAGUUGUUCUUCAACUGUGCAAUGCAUGCACCUGAAUCAAAAAGACUUUUCUCUGCUUGGCUUUGGGAGCAUAUUAAAAGUUUUGCAUUCUGCUACUAAUUAUACAUGCUAAUACCUUUUGUCAGCCUAAGUAGUUUCUAAAAAUCUAUAACUGAUUCUGACAGUUCAGGCAAGGAUCGUUGACAUCAAAUACCACUAUUUGUUAAUUCUUGUCAAUGUAAUUUUCUGACAUGCUGAGGUAGUGUUAUUCUAGUCUAGUUUUAGGAGUUAUAAACUAUAAAGAGAAUUUAGGUUUAUUGUAGUUGAUGGUUCUACAUGCAAGAAAAACAGUUGGUAGUAUCAUCUUGAUGUUGCAACUGGAUUCAGACAACAUUUCAUGCUAAAGAAGGGAGAGAUGCUACCAAACUGGAAGAAACCCCACAUCGACUUAUCUUUUACCAUCUCCAUACGCACUUCAUUUAUGUUUUGUGAUACAUCUUUGAGUAAAGGGAGAUGUUAAUGGUGUGCUACAAGAGAAAACUAUGGAGCAUGUUUCAGAGAAAAGGUAUCCUGUAAGUGCAAAAGAUUACAGACUAUAUGAAGAAAUCGGUGAAGGUGUCAGCGCCACUGUUUAUAGGGCUCUCUGCAUCCCAUUUAAUGAGAGAGUUGCUAUUAAGGUCCUUGAUCUGGAAAGAUGCAACAGUGACCUGGAUGGCGUGCGGCGAGAGGUACAGACAAUGAGCUUGAUUUAUCAUCCAAAUGUAUUACAAGCACAUUGUUCUUUCACCACUGGCCACAGCCUUUGGGUUGUGAUGCCGUACAUGGCCAGGGGAUCCUGCCUCCAUAUAAUGAAAUCUGCUUAUCCGGAGGGUUUUGAAGAGCCUGUUAUUGCUACACUAUUGCGGGAGACUCUCAAAGCUCUUGUUUAUCUUCAUGCCCACGGUCAAAUCCAUAGAGACGUUAAGGCUGGCAACAUCUUAAUUGAUUCUGAUGGAGCAGUUAAGUUAGCAGACUUCGGAGUAUCAGCAUGCAUGUUUGAUGCAGGUGAUAGGCAGCGUUCCAGAAAUACCUUUGUUGGAACUCCUUGCUGGAUGGCUCCAGAAGUUAUGCAGCAAUUACAUGGAUAUGACUUUAAAGCAGACAUCUGGUCAUUUGGAAUAACUGCUCUUGAACUUGCUCAUGGUCAUGCUCCUUUUUCCAAGUAUCCACCAAUGAAAGUUUUGCUCAUGACCUUACAAAAUGCUCCUCCAGGACUUGACUACGAAAGAGACAAGAGAUUUUCUAAGUCAUUUAAAGAGAUGGUGGCUGCUUGUUUAGUCAAGGAUCCAAAGAAACGUCCCACUGCAGAAAAGCUUUUGAAACACAAUUUCUUCAAACAAGCACGGUUAAAUGAAUAUGUUGCUCGUACCAUUCUUGAUGGACUUGCCCCUUUGGGAGAGCGCUUUAGGGAGCUGAAGGCAAAAGAGGCGGAUCUUCUUGUCCAAAAUAAGGCUCUAUAUGAAGAUAAAGAGCAAUUAUCACAGCAAGAGUACAUAAAAGGAAUCAGUGCUUGGAAUUUCAACCUUGAGGAUUUGAAAAGUCAGGCUGCUCUUAUACAGGAAUUUGAUGGCAUUCCAAAUGCAGAAGAUCCAGAUGGGGUUGUGAAGCAAAGGCACAGGCACAAUAAUGUUGAGCUUGCAGCUGAGAGGCUGUCCUUUGGAAGGGUUAACCAUACAACUGCUGCUCCUAGUCAUGAGGAUGGGUUCAGUGAUCUUAAUGAUUUGGAGAGUUCACUUCCUGCAUUUCCUAUUAAACCUCUUCAGGCGCUUAAAGGCUGUUUUGAUGUGGGAGAUGAUGGUAUGGAUGGAACUAGUCCAAGUUGGGAAGUUACAACUGAUUCUGAACAACAGGUUCUUACAAAGUUGUCAGCAAAUGUUGUAAACCAAGAAAGUGAAGCAAAUGAAGGUGAUGAUCCUGGGAGAAGCUGUUCUAUACCACAUAAUGUUGUUAUGGAGCAUAAACAAUUUUUGAGUGGACCAUUAAUGCCUGAUAAUACACCUAAAAUUAUUGUUGGAGAUGAGAACAGGGAUCUUGUACAGCCAAAAUAUCAAUCAGAGCGAAACCAUAGUGGUCCAUUGUUCUAUCGACAGAAAAGAGAUACCAAUAACCUUUCAUCUGCAGAGGAUUUAUCAGAAGGAGCAGCUGUCCAACGUAAAGGACGCUUCAAGGUCACUUCAGCAGAUCUCAGCCCAAAGAGUCCGACAAACUGUUAUUUCAGUCCUACUUGUGGAGGUUCAAGUAAUCCAUCAACAUCAAACCCUACGGCUGCCUCAGUUCUCCCAUCACUGCAUUGUAUUUUGCAGAAGAACACCAUACAAAGAGAAGAAAUUGUUAAAUUGAUCAAGAAUGUGGAACAAAGCUCUGGUAUUACCUCAUCUGUAGGCAAGCAAAUGCAGUCGGCUGAAGCGGCCAUAAAUGACCUUUUGCAGACAUCACCUGCUUCUGCUAGAGAGAGGGAGCUGCAGGCUCAGUUGAUUAAUCUACAACAAAGUGUUGGAAACCUUGUUGAGGAAUUGCAGACACAGAAGACAAAAAAUGCACAGUUAGAAAGACAGUUGAAUGCUCUGGUCUAUAAGUGAAGAAAAAGAGGCUUAUAAUGUCUUUGGCGGCUCCGAUUAUUCUAAAGUGACAAGAUUGUGACAAUCUACCCAGCACUUGUGAGGUAUGAAGGCAUCUUGUAUUUCUAGUGUAAUCAUAUAAGUAUGAACAUGUUCUUAAGGCGGACACCAAAUUUUAAGAUGCCAUUGGUUGAGUCUCACAUCAUGUGUGACGUGCUGUAAUUUAUGAGGCCUUGUAAUUAUAAUACAGUUUGGCUCUCAUUUAUUUCCUCGA